GCGGGCUUGGAAUUGAGCAGGCUUGGAAUUGACGACGAGGUUUGGAAUCGAGCAGACCUUUCAGAAAAGUUGAGUGCUUCAGCUUCAGCCAGUUAUCGUGGUCCCACAGUGUCCUAUAUGUCAAAAUUAUUAUGUCUGUGAGUGACUCAUCCCCAACGUCAACUUCAUGCCUGGCUGCUGGUCUUUCCGUCUCCCUAGUAGUGGAAACUCUAUUCCGAGUUCUCUAUAUAAGCGCUACUUCUUCUCCACUCGUCCUCAACAAAUUCUACUUACUUGUCUACGCUACUUGCCAGAGGAUAGUGUGCCUCUGACAAGUACUUCGUCUCAGUAUCAUCCACAACUUCUCACCUCGGUGACCUAAUUUGAGGUCAUGUCAUCACCACAUCAAAAUCUGUCGUUUGAAAGAUAUCGUCUUGAUGGAAUGAUGAUAUUAUGUGCAUUUUAUGGCAUAUACCUUCUCCUUACAGUGCAAGCCUUCAUUGCUCUCGUGCAGCGGCCUCGACAUGGGGGGAAAAUUGCAGAACAUCGCCGCGCCCUUCUUUUCUACGUCGUCAUCACGUUCAUACUAGGGACGAUAAGCACCGCUAUGAACGCAAAGUAUACGGAGAUGAUCUGGAUAGACAAUCGUGACGAUCCUGGUGGUCCGCUCGCGCUAGUCGAGCACUACAUGAGUUAUAGUCUCAACGUUAUAGCCCUUGCCACUGGCCAUAUUCAAGAGUGGUUUAUGCAGGCCCUGCUCCUUCACCGAUGUUUUGUGAUAUGGAAUUGGGCAAGAUGGGUGAUGGUCCCGAUGAUCACAGUCUAUAUUGCCAUGAUUGUGUUGUCUAUCCUCAUCGUGAUCGAAGCGAGUAUCGGAGCUUCAUUUUACACCAACCCGAUCGAACUUGCCUACCUCUGCAUCGAAGUAGGGCAUACUGUGCUGUAUACCAUUCUCGUGACGAAUCGUUUAUUCGUCAUGCGAAAGCGCAUGAGGCAGGUCAUGGCCCAAUAUGAUUCUAGCACAUAUGAUGCCAUCGCCCUCAUGGUCGUCGAGUCCGCAGCGUUAUACGCCGUCUUUGCUGUUAUUUUCAUAGUUUCCUUUGCUGUGGGUGCUCGCGGUGUCACCACUAUGUGCUUCCUGUCCAUUGGCAAAAUUCAGGGCAUUGCCCAAUUGUUCAUCAUCAUCCGCGUUGCACGGGGACGGGCAGUUACACGCGAGUGGACCACUCAAUCUAUUCCAAUACCUACGGCUAUAGCAUUUGGCGCGGGCACUAAAUCGGACACAACAGAGUCAAUCCACAAUGAACAAAUAGCUAGCCCAGAGCAGGACGUCACCCACUUGCAUUCUACUUCUGAGAAGGCGGCGGAAGUUGCAGUAAAAAUCGUAUGA